AUGGCGGUGAUGCACUUGGUGGCCGAGAGCUUUCCAUCAGCCGGUUUCGUGAUCUUCGCCCUAGUGACGUUGGGUGCCUUCCUAUACACCAAGGUAUUCCUGGACCCCCUGGCUAAGGUCCCAGGGCCGUGGUAUUCAAAGUACACCGACGUCGUCUUGAAGCGCCUGUGGCUUGGCGGGAGCAAGACGCAGUACGUGCACGACUUGCACAAGAAAUAUGGUCCCGUCGUCCGCAUAAGCCCUCACGAGGUCGACGUGUUGGACGUCCCGGCUGCCAAGGAAAUACAUUCGGUCAAGGCGACAUAUGCAAAGGCACCAUGGUACAGGACAUUUGCCACCCCUGGCACCGAGAACGUGUUCAGCACUACUGAUAUCGAUUUCCACCGCCGCCACCGUCGACUGCUCCAGGGGCCGUUGUCUGAGACGAACCUGAAGGUAUUUCACCCGGUUGUCGAACAGCGGGUCGACCUGGCAAUUCAGAGGAUGAAAGAAGAAACGAAAACUCGAGGGGCCACAGACGUUCUCAAGUGGUUCUUGUUUCUGGCCACGGAUACCGUUGGGGAACUCACUUUUGGUGAAUCAUUUCGAACAUUAGAGUCUGGCGAGAAAAAUGAGUAUACCAAGAACCUGGAGACUCAUAUCAGAACCGGCGCCAAGAGAACCACGUUUCCCUUGAUAGCCAAGAUCGGGCUGUACAUCCCGAUCCCAGGCUUUCGGGACACCACCGACGUCGUCCGGAAGAACAUCCAGUUUGCCGAGGAUUCCUUGAAGCGAUACCAGAUCCUGGUAGAGAAAGACCCGGAGAACCCGCCCCCAACGCUCUUCACCAAGCUCUUCAAAGGCGAGGAGGACGACAUCCUGACCAUGAAGGAGAUCCGGGACGAGGCGAUGGUCUACAUCCUCGCCGGGAGCGACACCACCGCGCUGACGCUGACGUACCUCGUCUGGGCCGUGUGCCGCGACGCCGCCAUCCGCACGAGGCUCGUCGACGAGCUGGCGGGCCUCCACGGGAGCUUCGACGACGCGGAGCUCCGGCGGCUCCCGUACCUCAACCAGGUCAUCGACGAGGCGCUGCGGCUCUACGCCUCAGCCCCGGCAGGACUCCCCCGCGUGGUGCCCCCCGGGGGCGCAACGCUCGCCGGGUACUCGCUCCCUGCCGGCACGGUCGUGUCGACCCAGGCGUACAGCAUGCACCGGAUCGAGGAGAUAUUCCCCGACCCGGAGACUUUCAACCCGUCGCGGUGGGAGGGGGCCACGAAGGAUAUGCGGGAUGCGUCUAUGCCGUGGGGCGGUGGCUCGCGCAUAUGCCUCGGGAUCCACCUGGCCAGGCUGGAGCUGAGGCUCGCUGUCGCGCGGUUCUUCACCGAGUUCCCGGGGGCGAAGGUAUCCAGGCUCGACGGCAUGUGCGACGACGACAUGGAGCCUAAGAUCUUCUUCAUGAUGGCGCCCAAGAACAAGCGCUGUCUGAUCGAGUGCCGCUGA